AUGAGGGACCAGCUGAAGGAUCCUGUUCCUCCUCACACAAAGGAGCAGAUACUGAUCCUGCUGAUGGGGAGCCUCGACCACGACCAGAUGAGCGUUUCCACAGAGUGCAGCUACCAGACCGAGUCCGACUGGACGUCCGUGAUCAGCUUCGACAUGAACGCGGCGCCGGGAAGCCCGAUGUCACCCUCCAAACACUCCAAGAGUUCGGAGGAGAAGAAGUCAGUGUUCGGCCGUCUCACCAACUUCUUCAGCUCCAAGAGGAAGAAGAGCAGCAGCCGGAAUCAUUCGAGCACCUCCACCGACAGCUGCCCGGCGUCCCCCUUGUCUCCACAUUCACCCCAAUCUGAGCCAGAAAAUGGGUUAAAUGCUGAGCACAGCGACACCGUGAGCCAGAGCUCCAGCCGGAGCGCCUCCAGCAGGGCCUCGCAGGUCACAGUAGAGGCAGACAUGCCCUUUGCAGACAGUAACAGCACCGGGAGAAGCAGCGUGAAGGAGCUGGAUGCAAUCAUGACUUCCACAUCCACAGACCCUGCAUCUGCCACCGAGCCAGAUCCAGAUCCUGGUUUAAAGUCAGAAGUGGGCUUCACUGAAUCCGUGGUGGAAGAAGUGAGCAAACGGCUGCAGGUGAAUUUGGAACAGAAAGUACUGAAGAGACCAGAGAGCAGCAGUGAGGAUGAGAUCAUCAGCCCGACCACACUGACGUCACUUCAGAUCCCCCUUUCUAAGGCUGCGGAGUCCCCAAAGUCUCCUAACCUAACCUCCAUAAGCUUAGCAUCAAAGAAAGCAUCGGUGAAGGUUGGAGAGAAGGGCCACAGCACGGCGCUGAGAGGAAUAACUCUGGGCAAACAGCAGGGAAAACCUCUGGACCUGAAGAGGGAAAACUCAGGAGGACCCAGGACCAGCACUCGCAUAUCCACCAGCAGCCUCUCGGGGGAAAGUGCAACCAUGAGAGAGGAAAAACCCCAAGACUGUGGGGAGGUUCACACCCCCACGGAGCAGCCGGAGGGGCCGGACACAGACUCAACAAGGAGUUUUCCUCAGGUUCAGGAGCGACAUCGGCCGAGAUCAAUCCGGAUCACACGCAGGACCGUGAGUCUGCCUUCGAAGAGCAAAGGUGUUGCCGAGGUGAACGCCAGGCCCGAGCCGAGCGUGGACGAGGACGAAGGUUCAACUUCAAAGAGCUCAAACACAACAGAGGCGAAACCACGGCUGAUCCUCAAAAACAGCAAUGAUGCUGACUUUAAGGACACAAACUUCGAUCGACCCGCACAUGAAGACGAGUCUCCACUCUCUGAGGCAAUUACUCCUGAAGCCAUAGUUAAAACAGACUUGGAGGCCUCAGACUUCAAUGACACUUCUGCAGCGUCAGACAUGUACAAAAAGAAGCCAGCAGCUGCAGAACCAGCGGCGAGAGGCCAAGCAGCUAACCAGGCUGCACCCCAGAAACGAGUGGUUAGAGGAGCAGCAGAAAGCCGGCAUACCACGGCGAGUGGAACAAAGACCCCGACCUCUGCAGCUGGAAACAAGGCCAAGAAUGUCCUAACAAAGGCAAAGGGCUCCACAGAGGGCACAAAAGUGGAAACUUCCAGUGAUAAUCCAACACAAAGAGACGGAGCCGUUAUUAUGUUGCCAGCAUUUAAAGACCAAAGUGCCAGCGCUCCCUCCGGUGCUGCCGGUUCAAAGUCUAAAAUCCCCAAAAGAUCAACAUCAGACGCAGAUGUGAAAUCGCCGGUGACACCAGAUAAGACCUCAACACCGGACACCUCAGGGCCCAAACUACAAAAACAACCUAGGACCAAAGAGACUCUGAAAUCUCCAACAACUGCAGCCAGACCUGGAAGGAAACCAAGCUUUGAGGAAAACAGAGGAAAAUCAGUGUCGGGGAACAUUUCUCCCGUGAAAACUAGGACCGGAACAAAACUCAGUAAGGACAAAUCAGAUGAGGACUUUGAGUCUGUGAACUUGCUAAAUGACGUGGAGAAUGAGGAGAGAAAAAGUGGACACCCACCACACAGGGAAAGUCCGGACGUCAAAAAAACACAGCAGCAGAACGAUGUGGAGAGCUCUCCGAAGAGCCGGCUACCCGUUUCAUCUCCGACGAGAAAGAAGGUUGAUAUAACCUAUAAAAGGGUUUCAUCGGGUCAGAUGGACUCGGACAGACCUAAAACAGUCCAGAAGACAAGUCCAGAGCAGAAAGAUGCAACAGCUGACGAGAGUCCUGGGAGUGAGACGCCGCCACCGCUACCCGAAAGUCCAAAGAAAGGAAUUGUCCCACCAAUGAAGCCACCCAAAAACUUUUCUAAAAGAAUCCAUGUUGAGAGCGAUACUCCGACCUCCAGCAUCUCUCCACUUCCCACCAAACAAGAGAAAACUGUCUCAUCAAGGAUCUUUAAAUGGAACGAAAACAUCAAACAGCAUCAAAAAAUGCCUGCAAAAGAUUCACCUGAGACCUCGUCGUCUGUGAGCAAGCUUCCCACAAGAGGCCAGAGAAGCUCCAAUAAACUAAAACCCAGACAACGUUCCCAAAGUGGGAAUUCUGAGGACUCAAAUCACAACACAUCGACAGAGACGGAUGUAAAAGCACCUGAAAGCAUCACGGCGAAUGAGCGUGACAGUGAAGACAUAUUUAAAUUCAAGUCGGAGGGAGAGGAAUGUUUUAUAAAACACACCGAUGAAACCAAAGUGAAAGAAAAAGAGAUCGGAACCAGUACAGCAACUGAAGACAUUUCAAACAUCCAGCGGUUGCAAAACAGCGACACAGUUAUUACAAAAAGUGUUCCGGACACAGGAGCCGAGGUGCAGUCGAGCUGCGAGAUCGACAAAGCGAUUCCGUCUCAAGUUACUGAUGGAGGUCGAGCGGAAAAUUUGUCUGCUGUUCAAAAUAAAAACACAACACGAGAACCAAAAUCCCCGUCACUAAAAACACUGAAGCUAACAGGAAACGUGAAACUGGGUUUAAGCCAAGAUAAAAACACGGCACCACGAAUUCACGACACAAAACAAGCUCCUGAAGAUGAAACUGACAUGCCGAGCAAACCCGCUGAGGGUGACAGCGUUCAAAGGGAGAUACGUGGACGUAUUCCUGUUAAUAAAAUAAAUGCAUUCACUUCCAAGCAAGAGAUAAACAGCAGCAGUAUUCCUACUAAACUGAUUUCAAAGGAUGACUCAGAUCAGUCUAAACCAGCCAAUACAGAGCAGCAAAAGGAUUUAUCAAGGGAGGAUCAAUUCACAAACGAACGGGACACGUCCCUGACAUUAAACAGGGCCUUAGCAAAAGAUGUUGAAGUAGAGGAGAAAAGCAAAGAGGAGGGUGGCAGGAAACCAGCAGAGAGGUUGGGCAUUCAAACAGAGGCUGUGACUGUUGGUGAAUUGUCCAAGAAUGUUGAAAAUCAGUUGCACAAAGAGGCUCUUUUACUCGCAGGAGGAUCUGAAGAGAGAGGCUCAAAACCAAAUGAAACACUUAGUGACACAGCAGUGGAAAGCACUGAGUCACAGAAUGGUUGCAAAGAGGUGCUCAAGGGCAUAACCACAGAGAGAGCCAUUACAAAUUCAGAGAAAUCAGCACAUCUGUCAUCAGAGGAUAGAGGUUCAUCAGCUGAGUCCAAGGAAGAAACACAGACAGGGGUUACAAACGCUCUGAAAGAACAAACGAGGGAGGAGCAAGCAAUACUCCAUGAAACUACAAAACAGCAGCCUGAGAUGCCUUUGAAAGAAAACACCGAGAGCAGCGCUGAGAAAACAAAAGCAUCAGAAGUGAAAAAUGAAUCCAAACUGCUUUUGACCAAAGAUGAGGAAGUCGGAGAUGAAGACACAAGUCUGGACGACAAACGUGACAGAGGUGUAAAAGGAAGACGAACUCCAGAAAUAAGAGACGUAAACACAUUCGAUGCUGAAGCUGAUAAAGAAAAGAAGACUUUAUUGAAUGUGACUCAAGAAAACAAGAAGGCGGUCGCUGCUAAAGACCGAGGUGAGGACAUUACAACAAAGGCUAAUCUAAAUCAGGCCCUUGCAGAGGUGAAAGCCUCAAAGAAGACAUCAGAAAAACAUAUUUUAAAAUCAGAUGCAACUAAAGAAGUAAAAGGUGCCAGAACUGAAGCUACAGAGGAUUUGUCAAUAAACAGCUUGGUGAGUGGGACUGAAGCUGCGAAUGCUGACAUUAAAGCUAACAUCCAGGAAGACCAAAAGUCCAUAAUUGUUGGAGACCUGAAUAAGGACAUAACAAAUGCAGUCAAACAUCCAGAUGAUAAAUUAGACCAGAAACCAGAAAUGGUCAAAACUGGAGGUCAGGAGAAGACAGUGGAGAGCCAGAAUAUGGAUAUAACUCAAGACCAGACCUCUCUAAGUACUGAAGACACCAAAGAAAGGAUCGACACCAAUGAACUGUCAGUGGACAGUCCGGGAAAUGAUGCAGUGACUGCAGAUAAUGAACUUCAAGGUGAAAGUAUAACAAAACCAGCCCAAGAAAAAUCAGUUCAAGAGAAGACAGUGGAGAGUCAAGAAAAGGACAUAAUUCAAGAACUGAUCUCAGUAAACACUAGUACAGAAGGUACCAGAGAAAAGACAGAAGUCAGUGAUUCAUCAGUAGAAAGCCUGGAGAAGGAGAUGGGAGAUAUGAAUGCUAAUAGUGUUAGCAAACAACAGACUGACCAAGAUGGAAAUGCUACCAAACCAGAGAUGAACCAGUCAACAGGUUCAAAAAAGGAAAACAAAGAUGGUAACAAAUCUAGUCUAAAAUCUGGUCUGAAAAAGCGAGUGGGAAUAGUACAACCAGAGUCUCUUGUGGAGGCAGAAAGCCAGAUUCAAGACCUAAAGGUUGUCUGUGAUGAGGAACCUAAAGACAAGAAUGAGACCAAGGAUUCAUCAGCAGAAAGCUUGGUGAAAAAGCCACGAACUUUGGGUACUAACAGUGAUGCUGGAAUCCAACAGGACCUGACGUCUUUAAAGGUUGAAGUUGACAACCUAGAGGAACUGUCCGAAUCUAAACUUCAUGAAUCUGAACAGAAACCAGAGAUGGUCAGAGCGGAAGUUCAGGAGAAGAUAACAGAGAUCCAAAAUACAGAUGCAACCCAAGAACUGACCUCAGGUGGCUCUAGUACUGACGAUACUAAUGAAAAAACUGAAGUCAAAGUUGUAUCAACUGCAAAUGCUGAUAAUGAUGUUAGCAAACAGCAGGUCCAGGCUCUUGUAACCCUUAACAACCAAGAUGGGAGCAUAACAAAACAAGAGAGCAACAAAUCAGCAGAAUCCACAAGUCCAACAUUUGUUCUGAAAGCUGAAUCUCCGCAGGAGGCAGCAGAAAGCCAAAAUCAAGGUAUAAAGGAUGCUGAUGGAGCUAAAGAGAAGGCUGAAACCAAGGAUUCAUCAGCAGAGAGCUCAGUGAGUGAGACAGAAACUUUGCAGACUCAUAUUGAUGCUGGACCUGUAGAGGAAGCGAGCUCAACCACACCUGAAAUUCAAGAUCAUAAAGUUAAACAGAAACCAGAGACAGUCAGAGCUGAAGGUCAGCAGAAGACAACAGAGAUCCAAAAUACAGAUGCAACCCAAGAACCAGCCUCGGGUGGCUCUAGUACUGAAGGUGCCAAUGAAAAGACUGAAGUAAAACUUUCGUCAUCUCCAAAUGCUAAUAAUGAUGUUAGCAAACAGCAGGUCGAGGCUCCUGUAACCCUUAACAACCAAGAUGGGAGCAUAACAAAACAAGGGAGUGACAGAUCAGCAGAAUCCACAAGUCCAACAUCUGCUCUAAAAUCAGAAUCUCCUCAGGAGGUAACAGAAAGCCAAAAUCAAGACCUAAAGGAUGCUGAUGGAGCUAAAGAGAAGGCUGAAACAAAGAAUUCAUCAGCAGAGAGCUCAGUGAAUAAGACGGAGGCUUUGCAGACUCAUAUUGAUGCUGGAAUCCAACAGGACUUGAAGCCUGUAAAGGCUGAAGUCCAAGACCAAGAAGAACUGACUGAAUCUAAACUUAAUGAAUUUGAACAGAAACAAGAAGCAGUCAGAGCUGAAGUUCAGGAGAAGACAACAGAGAUCCAAAAUACAGAUGCAACCCAAGAACUGACCUCAGGUGCCUCUAGUACUGAAGAUGCUAAUGAAAAAACUGAAGUCAAAGUUGUAUCAACUGGAAAUGCUGAUAAUGAUGUUAGCAAACAGCAGGUCCAGGCUCCUGUAACCCUUAACAACCAAGAUGGGAGCAUAACAAAACAAGGGAGCGACAAAUCAGCAGAAUCCACAAGUCCAACAUCUGCUCUAAAAGCAGGAUCUCUGCAGGAGGCAGCAGAAACCCAAAAUCAAGACCUAAAGGAUGCUGAUGGAGUUAAAGAGAAGGCUGAAACCAAGGAUUCAUCAGCAGAGAGCUCAGUGAAUGAGAUGGCAACUAAAGUUAGCGACAAGCAGAAUGGAGACAUUACAAAACCAGAAUUGAAUAAGUCAACAGAAUCCAAAUGUCCACAACCUGGUCUACAACAGGGACCAGAGACUGUAAAAACAGAAUCUACAGAUGAUGUGGAAAGCAAGAUCUCAUCAGCAGAGACUUUGGAAAAUGAAAAGGCUAACAAUGAAAUUAGCAGUCAAAAGGACCAGAAGAGCACACCUGUCAAAGUUGUGCAAAUAAAGAAACCAGAGACAAUUACUGAACCUCACACAGCUCCAGGUACUAACCAAGAACAGAAAUCAAAGGCUGUAGCAACAAAGGAUCUGAAGAAAGCAACUAAAGAUCCUGAAUUAAGUGUAACAUCAAGUGUUUCCACGGCUGGAAAAGCAGCUGGCAAACAGGAACAGAAAAACCUCAUUAAAGAGGUUGUUGGAGUGGAUGAGAAACUAAAGGCAUCAGAGAUGAAUGCCAAGAAAGAAUCACCCACUGUUGGUUCCAGUGAGGUGUUCCUGAAGGAUAAAGAAACAAAAGAAAAAAGAGAAACAGAUUUUCUAGGUAGUGCUUUCAAAAAAGGACUACAGACUGCAGAGAAGUCAUCCACUUCAUCCCAAAGUCUGCAAUCAAAUGCAGACGUUCCAUCCGGCUGGUUAGAUGUGGAAUCUCAUCAGAAGAAGAGAAGGGUCCACAAAAGAAGAUUUAACACGUCUGCUAGUGUGGAUGACCCUCUUGAUGACACCAGUGACUUUGAUGAUUUUAUCAGGAACAUUAAGGAAGGUGGGAUGCCUUUCGCAUUGCCUCCAAAGAAGCAUGUUCAUAAAAAGUCUCCACCUCCACAUUUUGUCUUGCCGGCCAUUAAGGAGGACCACUUUGAGAAAACGUUCGAUCCUGAAGAAUUCCAGUUUGGCUUAAGGAAAAAUGGACGAACCUUUAUUGACCUUUUACCUACUACAAUUCUUAAACAGAAGGGAAAUCAAAGGAAUGGCCAAACUCUGGAAAAAAAUGCCACACCCACUCCUGAACAGCAAGCAAAAACACUUGAUGAGGUUGAAGGUAAAUCUGGACUCCAAGAGGGGGCCAAAGCUAAAGCAGGAAAAGAGGGGCAAGACAAUGGAGAAGAGCCUGUGAAGCUUACAUCAAGACUUAAUAAGAUUUCCAUCCUCUCCAGCUUACUUACCACUCGUUCCACCAGGAAGAGUACAGAGGAAGCUUCCUCUGCCUCAAAUAGCACACCUUCCUCUGACCAGCAGCAGGGCAUGCCCUCACUCAGAAAUGUGGAAGCUGCUGAUUCACCAAAGCCUGAGGCCACGGCUGAUAACGUGGGUGGGACGGGUGUAGAUCAAAGCCCGGUCACAGGAGGUGGUACAGGAAGAGUUAGUGAGUCAGUCUUUAGCUCCUCCUCUCCUCCUCCUCUUGUACUGCCCUCGUUCUCUGACAUAAAGCUGCCUGAACAUUUAGAGAAAUUACUGAAGAAGAACAAAAAAGAAACAGAGACCUCCACAGCGCAGACAAUUCAAACUAACCAGAAUACAAAGGAGACCAUUGCUAUGGACCAGGACCUGAUAGCAGGUCUAACUAAGGUGGAUCUGAACCUGAAGAGCCCUGAAGAACUUCCUCCAAUCACCAACUACAUCCAGCAGCGCCCUCCAAAUGGAUUUCAAAAGACGACUUCAAAGCCAAAGAUUCCUGCAGUAAGAGGGUUCCACAAAAGGCCUGGAAAGAUCAUCAUACACGAGCAUGCUCAGUUUGGAGGAGAGGCCUUUGAGCUCUACUCUGAUGUAGAAGAUGCCACCACCAUGAAGCUGUCCCCCAUCAUAUCCGUCAGAGUCAUCAGAGGAUGCUGGCUCCUGUAUGAGAAGCCUGGUUUCCAGGGGCGUAUCAUCGCUCUGGAAGAAGGUCCUACAGAUGGCAUCGUGAAUGUCUGGGCAGAGGAGGAAAGUCCUGCAACACUAGGUGAGAUGGGUGAACCUAUUCCAACAGCGCCUGUGGUCAUCGGCUCCAUUCGACUGGCAGUGAGGGACUACAGCAUGCCCCAGAUUGACCUGUUCUCAGAGGUGAACGGGUUGGGCAGGAUGGCGUCCUACUCUGACGACACCGUAGAGGUCAGCUCCUAUGGCAUCCCACAGACCACCGGCUCCAUUAAGGUCCAUUCUGGAGUCUGGCUGGUGUACACCGAUCCAGGGUUUGCAGGGUUCGUGGGCGUGCUGGAGGUGGGAGAGUAUCCCUGCCCGGAGGCCUGGGGCUUCCCUGAGCCCUUCGUAGGCUCGCUCAGACCCCUCCGAAUGGGGGUGAUAAAAGUGGAGCGUCCCAAUGAAGUCAAGGCCUUACUGUACGAGAAGCCCAACUUUGAUGGCGAGUGUUUAGAGGUUCACAGCGACAUCUACAACGUACAAGAGCCGGACGAGGAAUCCGACGAACCUGCUGUGAACAAGAAGACGCUGUGUGCAGUCGGGUCUCUGAAGAUCCUCGGCGGCCUCUGGGUGGGCUACCAGGAGGCAGACUUUGAAGGCCAGCAGUACAUCCUGGAGGAGGGGGAGUACCCUCACUGCAGCGACUGGGGAGGAUCUGAGGAUGGGCUGCAGUCACUUCGGCCUGUAAUCUCAGACUUUGUGUCCCCGCACGUUAAACUGUUCAGCGAGCAGGACUUCAGUGAGCGGGGCCUCAGCACCAACCUGCUAGUACCCGUCGUCAACCUGGAGGAGACCGGCCACGGUGCAAAGACCCAGUCUGUCGAUGUCAGCGGUGGAGUGUGGGUGGCGUUUGAGAAGCCUGGGUUCAGCGGGGAACUCUACGUCCUGGAGAAAGGCAUGUAUGCAAACCCGGAGGACUGGGGAGCUCAGAACUUCAGGAUCGCAUCCAUACAGCCCGUCUUCCACGACAGCAUGGGAACCACAAAAUUCAAGGUCCAGCUGUACUCUGAGGAGCACUUCCAGGGACGGCUGGUGUCUCUGGAGGACAGCGCAGCAGCUCUGGAUGAAGACUUCACACCCAGGUCCUGUAAGGUGCUGGCUGGCAGCUGGGUGGCGUAUGAGGGAUCCCAGUUCACGGAGAACAUGUACAUCCUGGAGGAGGGGGAGUACCCGAGCACAGAGGCCAUGGGCUUCCUGUCCUCAGACUGGAGCUUCCGGUCCAUCCAGACUGCGGGACAUGAGUUCUCUCUGCCGUCCAUCGCCCUGUUCACUAAGGUGGGCUGCAGGGGUCGCAGGGUGGUGCUGACGCACGAAGCUGUGAACCUGCAUCAGGCCGGCCUUGACACUCGCAUACGCUCCCUGGUGGUGGAGGGAGGAAUGUGGGUGUUGUAUGAGGGCAGUAACUACAGAGGUCGACAGGUGAUCCUCCAACCAAGCCAAGUGGCUGAUUUGUUUCAGCGUAGCGGCUUUCAGCGUGUUGGAUCCCUCCGCCCAUUACUGCAGAAACCGAUGUACUUCCGCCUGAGGAACAGGGAGACGGGAUGCAUGAUGUCUCUGACGGGAACGCUGGAAGACAUCAAGCUGAUGAGGGUGCAGGCCGUGGAGGAGACGGGGGGAGAGGAGCAGGUUUGGCUCUAUCGGGACGGAUAUCUCACCUGCAAGGUGGUCGAGGACUGUUUCCUGGAGUCCUCGGGCAGCGUGAUGAUGGCGGGCAGUCGGAUCUGCGUUUCUCCCGAGCGAGGCAAAGACAAUCAGCUGUGGAACAUCAGCCCGGACGGUGUGGUUCACAGCAACCUCAAACCAGACCUCAUCCUGGAGGUCAAAGGUGGGCAUCAGUACGAUAAAAACCAGGUGAUCCUCAACACGUUUGAUGAGCGAAAGCUGAACCAGAGGUGGAGUUUGGAGCUGCUGUGACGACUCUCACAGCCUCCUGAUGGAGCUCCAUCACACUGGGCCCUCAGCUGCAGCUCUGCCGUGGAGCCCACAGAGAUGUUCCCUGCCGCGUUUGCUUGGAAAGACAAUGCGCAUCGUUGAUGAACAAAAUGUUUUUA